AGAAUUUUGAAACAACAGAUUUUCGAGCCUCUCUAGAAAAUGGUGUCCUGUUGUGUGAUUUGAUUAAUAAGCUCAAACCUGGAGUCGUUAAGAAGAUCAAUAGACUGUCUACUCCAAUAGCAGGUUUGGACAACAUAAACGUGUUUUUGAAAGCUUGUGAACAGAUUGGAUUGAAAGAAGCCCAGCUUUUUCAUCCUGGGGAUCUACAGGAUUUAUCAAACCGGGUCACCGUCAAGCAAGAAGAGACUGACAGGAGACUGAAAAAUGUUUUGAUAACUUUGUACUGGCUGGGAAGAAAAGCACAAAAUAGUCCCUAUUAUCAUGGUCCCUAUCUCAAUUUGAAAGCUUUUGAGACCCUUUUAGGACAAGCUUUGACUAAGGCACUUGAAGAUUCUAGCUGCCUGAAAAGAAGUGGCCGGGACAGUGGCUACGGGGACAUCUGGUGUCCUGACAGAGGAGAAUUUCCUGCCCCUCCAGGUAGCCACAGGAGGGAAGAUUCCUUUGAAAGCUUGGACUCCUUGGGGUCUAGAUCACUGACCAGCUGCUCCUCAGACCUCACUCUUAGAGGUGGGAACGAAGGUUGCGAAAGUGACAUCGAUUGGGAAUUUACAUUCAAAAUGCAGGAUUAUAACAAAGACGAUAUGUCCUACCGAAGGAUUUCAGCCAUUGAACCGAAGUCGGCUCUACCGUUCAAUCGUUUCUUGCCUAACAAAAGUAAGCAGCCGUCCUAUGUGCCAGCACCUUUGCGGAAGAAGAGGCCAGACAAAAACGAGGAUAACAGAAGAAGCUGGGCAAACCCUGUCUACACAGAGACAGAUGGAACAUUUUCAAGACUCUUUCAAAAGAUUUAUGGUGAGAAUGGGAGCAAGUCCCUGAGCGAUGUCAGCGCGGAGGAUGUUCAGAACCUGCGUCAGCUGCGCUACGAGGAGAUGCAGAAAAUAAAAUCCCAGUUGAAAGAACAAGAUCAGAAAUGGCAGGAUGACCUUGCAAAAUGGAAAGAUCGUCGGAAGAGUUACACUUCAGAUCUGCAGAAGAAGAAGGAAGAGAGGGAAGAGAUUGAAAAACAGGCGCUUGAGAAGUCUGACCGGAGCUCUAAGACAUUUAGGGAAAUGCUGCAGGACAGGGAGUCCCAAAGUUCUACAAUGACGUCUAGGAGGAGGAUCUAUUCCUCUGAUGACAUCCUGGAUGAUGGAGUGUUCCCUCCUUCAGUGACUCUGUCAGAAACUAGUUACCAGAGUGAGAUACGAGAAGACAAGGCAAGAGCUCAUCCUGCUGAGAUGCUCAAAGAAGAUGCCACAACGUUUGCAAACAGAGAGGAGGACAGUGAAGCAACUGAGAUUCAGCUUGCUUCUCAUAUUCCUGAAGAGCUACGUCUGGCCCCUUUGCCUUCCGCAGAACCACACCAGGUCCCAUUGCCUUCUGCAGAACCACACCAGGUCCCAUUGCCUUCUGCAGAACCACACCAGGUCCCAUUGCCUUCUGCAGAACCACGUCAGGCCUCUUUAUCUUCUGCAGAAUCACACCAGGCCCGGUUGCCUUCCGCAGAACCACAGCAGGUUCCAUUGCCUUCAGCAGAACCACACCAGGCCCCAUUGCCUUCUGCAGAACCACGCCAGGUCCCUUUGCCUUCUGCAGAACCAUGGCAGGCCCCUUUACCUUCUACAGAACCACGGCAGGCCCCUUUGCCUUCUGCAGAACCACGGCAGGCCCCAUUGCCUUCAGCAGAACCAUGGCAGGCCCCUUUGCCUUCUGCAGAACCACGGCAGGCCUCUUUAUCUUCUGCACCACAGCGUCCAUCCUCACUCUAUUCUCAGCAGUCAUGGAGUACAAGAGAGUCAACUCGAAUUUCAGCUUCUCUCCCUAGAAGUUACCAGAGAAGCGAUACAGCCAGGUUAACAUCUGUGGUCACAGCGAGACCUUUUGGCACAUCAUCAAGGGGAAUCUCAUCACUACCCAGAUCCUACACGAUGGAUGAUGGCUGGAAAUACAACGGAGUUGCUGAAGUUGUCAAGAGAGAGCAACCUGAUUUGGGCAGAGCCACUGGCCUGAAGCCUGACUCCAGCCACUUUACUUCAGUCUCAUCCAGUGAGAAGGAGGUAGCCACAGGAGAAGAUGUGGUGAGCUUGUCCUCUCCCACACUCCCUUCCUUGUCUGCCUCCCACAACCAGGCAGCCUCUUCCAAAACCACGUUCUCAUCAAUGUCUGGUCUGGAUUCAGUGUCUGACUCUGGAGAAGGGAGAAGCUCACCACUGAGGGAAGUUUCCAGGUCCCUGGAUCAGUUCAGCGAUAUGAGAAUCAGCAUAAACCAGAUGCCCGGGAACAAACAUGUCUUUGGGUUUACAAUAAAAUGGGAUGUUUCUGGGAUCUUCGUAGCAUCAGUUGAAAAAGGUAGCCCAGCAGAAUUUUCUCAGCUGCAGGUAGAUGAUGAAAUUCUCGCCAUCAAUAACACCAAGUUUUCAUAUAAGGAUACAAAAAAGUGGGAGGAAGUUAUGGCAAAUGCCCAAGAAACUGGAAACUUAGUGAUGGACGUCCGGCGAUACGGAAAGUCCGACUGGGGCAAAGACCAACCUUCCCUGCCAUGUAUACGGCAUAAAACCCUCAAUCUUACCAGUGUGGCUACCAAAAUUAUAGGUUCACCUGAAACAAAGUGGAUCGAUACAACUUCAGGAAUUUACAACACAGACAAGUCUUCAAGUCUAUCAGUAACAACUGAUUUCUCUGAAAGCCUUCAGAGUCCUUAUACUGAAUCCAAAGAAAUUAAUGGAAUUCAUGAGGAAAGCAGCACCUUUGAUUCAAAAGCCUCAGAAUCCAUUUCUUUGAAAAAUUUAAAAAGGCGAUCACAAUUUUUUGAACAAGGAAGCUCUGAUUCUGCGGCUCCUGAUCUUCCGGUUCCAACUCUCAGUGCCCCGAGUCGCUGGGCUUGGGAUCAAGAGGAAGAGAGAAGGCGGCAGGAGCGGUGGCAGAAAGAGCAAGAUCGCCUACUGCAGGAAAAAUACCAACGUGAGCAGGAGAAACUGAGGGAAGAGUGGCAGAGAGCUCAACAGGAGGCCGAGAGAGAGAAUUCCAAGUACCUGGAUGAGGAGCUGAUGGUCCUAAAUUCCAACAGCAUUUCUCUGACCUCCCGGGAGCCCGUGGCUGCCACCUGGGAACCCACCUGGAGUGAAGGGUCCAAGUCCUUGGACAGGGAAGGCACCCGGGCAGGAGAGGAGGACAGGGGACAGCUAGAAGACCAUGCUGUGUUUGAGGACCAAAGUCAGAAGCUGCAGGAACAGCUCAUGCUUGAGCAGGAGAAGAAACGGAAGGAGCAAGAGGCUCAGGAAGAGGCGCUCCGGAAGCAGCGGGAGGCCGAGGCCCAAGCCCAGGCAGAGGCAGAAGCCAAGGCUCGGGCAGAAGCCCAAGCCCAGGCAGAGGCAGAAGCCAAGGCUCGGGCAGAAGCCCAGGCCCAGGCUCAGGCUGAAGCUGAGGCUCAAAGACGAGCUGAAGCACAGAAGCUCCAGGCAGAGAGGGAACGAGAAACUUCGGUCAAAAUAUACCAGUACCGGAGGCCUAUUGACUCCUAUGAUCUACCAAAGAGAGAAGACGACUCUUCAGGGUUGCUUGCAAUCGACAGGAGUAAAUCAAGAUCUACUACCGAACUAAAUGAUCCCCUCAUAGAGAAAAAUGGAAGCAGCAAAUAUUCAGAGAGAAUUGGGACCACUAGCUUUUCACAAAGAAGUUCCAAGAAGGAUCAAGUCCCCUCAGAAGCAGAGUUGGAGAGACAGCAAAUCCUUCAGGAAAUGAGGAAGAGAACGUCUCUCCACAAUGACAAUAGCUGGAUCCGACAGCGCAGUGCCAGCGUAAACAAGGAUCCCAUCUGCCUGCCUGGGAUCAUGAGGAGAGGGGAGUCUCUGGACAAUCUAGAUUCCCAGCGGCCCAGUUCUUGGAGGCAGUCACCUUGGCACAACCAGCCUGCCGGAGUCUACGCCUCUUCCUCUGUCCAGGACUUCAGUCGCCCCCCACCGCAGCUGUUGUCUACGUCAAACCGUGCCUACAUGAGGAACCCAUCCUCUGCCGUGCCGACUCCAGCUGGCUCUGUGAAGACCUCCCCAGGGUCUCCCUCUUCACGCAGCCAGUCGCCUUCGAUGUCACAGUCAGGCUCUCAACUACGGAACAGGUCAGUGAGUGGGAAGCGUGUGUGCUCCUACUGUAAUAACAUUCUGGGCAAAGGAGCUGCCAUGAUCAUCGAAAGCCUGGGUCUUUGUUAUCAUUUACAUUGUUUUAAGUGUGUCUCCUGUGGGUGUGACCUUGGAGGCUCUUCCUCAGGAGCUGAAGUCAGAAUCCGAAACCACCAACUGUACUGCAAUGACUGCUAUCUCCGAUUCAAAUCUGGACGGCCAACCGCCAUGUGAUGUAAGCCUCCAUUCGAAAGCACUGUUGCAGAUAGAAGAGGAGGCGGUUGUCACUGAUGCAGAACUAUAAAAAAUGCUGUAUGUUUUUUCCCUCUUUUUUUUUUUUUAAAAAAAGAAUAAUCUUUGCCUCAUUAGAUGACAUAGGAACACUGUGGUGUUGGAGGACCUGUAUUUUUGUUGUUUAUUUAUAAGAAGGUAAUUAUGUGGGGGGGGGGGAAGAGGAGUGCAGUAUUUACCUUUUGAAUUCAGCAUCCUAAAAGCACAAGUGGAAAACAAAAAACAAAACAAAGCUCAAGAACUUAAAAAAAAAACAACAACCAAAUUCACAUGCUGAUGAUAUGAUGAUCUAGUCUGACUCUUUAGUGGUUUUUGGAAGAUGGUAUUUUAUUUUAAUUUUUUUAAAAGUUCUUAAACAUUAUUUGAAAUAGUUAAUAUAAAUUUGUAAUUGUGUUUGUUUAUUAUAAUGUAUUCUAAGUUAAUGUGGAACCAUAUGAAAACUUUCACUUAAAUCCAUCCAUAAAUUUGCUCUUUGUGGUUUUCUUUACACAGAAAUGGUCCAUUGAAAAUUAAUUUUCCUUAUGUAAUGUUUUCUUUGCUUGAGGAGGGCACUGGAUUUUCUUUACAAGGACUCUUGUUGCUGAGCAAAUGCCAGUAGAAAGCUGUUUACUUUCGAUAAUGAAAAAUAACCGUGGUUUGUACACCAGUAAUUUCCUCCAGAAGCUAGUGAGCUUUUCUGUUCCACUGCCUUUGUAAAUAAAAUUGGUGAUGCAUUUAAGGAAUGCUUUUUAAAACUA